AUGACCGUCCCCGGUUCGCCGGUUUCUCCCGGUGCAAGCAAGAUGAGCAGCGUGCCGUGGAAGCGGCUGGAGCUCGCCGCGCUGUGCGCCUACGCGGUGGUGUUCUACAGCGCCAUGGUCCAGAGGUCGCUUCGCCUCGCCCGCGAUUACUCCGGGAAACUCUACGGCCUAAGAGCUGGAUCAAUCCCCGGCCGUCUGAACGACUCGUCUGACGCGCAAUGGAGAAACUUCCGUGGGAACUUACCUAUUCUCACCGUUGUAAUGGCUGCAUUUCUGAUCGUGGCGAAAGGGCUGCGAUACGGCUGUAGCUUGAAGGGCAGAGGGGCCUCGUUGGUCUGGCUUAUAUUGUCCCUGAUCUAUCUAUGCUACCUACAUGGUGCUUGUGUUGGCUUCAUUCUUGUAAUAGCAGGGGUUAAUUACGCCAUAGUCAAGUUAUUUGCUCGAUAUAAAUAUUGCACUGGCAUCAUAUGGAGCUUCAACUUAGCUAUGCUUACACUUAACCGGGUCUACGAAGGCUAUUCAUUCUCAUUGUUCGGGCAACAACUGGCUUUCCUUGAUAACUAUCGGGGUACAUUUCGAUGGCACAUAUGCUUCAAUUUUGUUGUAUUACGGAUGAUUAGCUUUGGAUGUGAUUACUGCUGGACACUUAGUUCGUCUCACUUUGAUCACAAGAAACACAUGCAGAAAUGUGAAGUUUGUUAUUCCGGCAAGACAUGCUACUUUGCUUUGCAGGAGAAAGGACUCAGCGUUGACAAAUACACAUUCCUAACAUAUUUAUGCUACCUAACAUAUGCUCCACUCUAUAUUGCUGGACCUGUUGUAAGCUACAACGCAUUUGCAGCUCAGUUAGAUGUACCUCAGAAAAAUUAUUCAGUUGGGCAGAUAUGUUGUUAUGGACUAAGGUGGAUCCUAAAUUUCCUUCUAAUCGAAGUCAUGACACACUUUUUCCAUUACAACGCGUUUGUAGUCAGCCGAUUAUGGCGGCAGUUGGCACCGUUUGAGAUCUUCAUCAUUAGUUAUGGGGUGUUGUUCUUUAUGUGGUUAAAAUUCUUCCUUAUUUGGCGCUACUUCAGGUUCUGGUCACUGGUAGGAGGAGUUGAGACACCUGAAAACAUGCCUAGGUGCAUAAAUAAUUGUCCUGACCUGGAGAGUUUCUGGAAAAGCUGGCAUGCUUCCUUUAACAGAUGGCUGGUCAGGUACGUUUACAUACCUCUUGGUGGGUCUCGAAGAAAACUAAUUAGUGUCUGGAUUGUAUUCACAUUCGUAGCAGUCUGGCAUGACCUGGAAUGGAAACUUAUUUCAUGGGCAUGGUUAACAUGCUUAUUUUUUGUCCCUGAAAUAGUGAUCAAGUCUUUUUCCAACAACUUCCAGGCAAAAAGUACCCUUGGGCGGUUCAUUCAUCGUGAAUUAUGUGUAAUUGCUGGUGCUGUGACAGUCAGCUCCCUUAUGGUGGCAAACCUUGUUGGCUACGUUGUAGGGCCGUCAGGCAUUAAGGUUCUGAUGUCGCGGAUGCUCCACAAGGAUGCCCUUCCUGCACUUGGCAUCAUAUUCUCUACUUUCUAUGUGGGCGUCAAGUUAUCUUCCAUAUACGGGACGCUAGAAAGACUUAACGGGUGA